GAAAGGGAAGCAGGAUCGAGGCGAGUGCGAUUUGGUGAACGCAGAAACGAAAGGAGGGGGAAAGCUUUACCAGCUUUCUGUCACUAAGAAGAUCCAGAAAAAGGAGCAUGGAUGUCGACUUUACGCUUUGCUGAAUGCUCUUGAUUCAGCUGGAGUCUGGAAGUCUCACACCAUGGAAGAAGGAGGCCGUGCACAGACAGAAGAGGAGGACGCGUCGGGGUCCGAGGAGGGCGCGCUGCAGGUCUCGCACGGCAGCGGUGCGUGCAAGUGGUUCAAUGUGCGCAUGGGAUUCGGGUUCCUGUCAAUGACGACCAGAGAUGGGACGCCCCUGGACGAGCCUGUUGAUGUUUUUGUUCACCAGAGCAAACUACACAUGGAGGGCUUCCGCAGUCUGAAGGAGGGAGAGGCCGUGGAGUUCAGCUUCAAGAAGUCCUCCAAAGGCCUGGAGUCUCUCCAGGUCAGCGGCCCAAACGGGGGCCCCUGCCUGGGCAGCGACCGGAGACCCAAGGGGGCCCAGAAACGACGAUCCAGAGGAGAGCGAUGCUACAACUGUGGAGAGCCGGACCACCACGCCAAAGAAUGCCAGCUGCCGCCGCAGCCCAAAAAGUGCCAUUUCUGUCAGAGCUUCGCUCACAUGGUGGCCAGCUGUCCGCUCAGAGCCCAGCCGGCUCUGGCCGGCCCUCAGGGGGCGGGGGCCCCUCAGAGUGGAGCACCUGCCCAGGAGGAACCACCGGGACAGGAGCCCGACACGGAGGGCUACGACUGAGGGCCCGGCAGGGGACUGGUCAGGGGACUGGUCAGGGGGAAGACAAGAUUAAAACACGCACACACGUAUGCACGCGCACACACACACACACACUCACACCACACCACACACACAGGAACACACAGGAAUGCUGCCUGUGGAGCUGACUACCUCAGGUUGUAUUUAUUGAGCAGUGUAAUAAAUAGUUUGUUGCUCAGUAGCUGAGCCUUUUAAUUGCCAAAAGACAUAUCGAUCAUAAAAAAGGAAAAGAAAAAAAAAAGCUUAAAAACAAAACAAACGCAAAAUGAUGUAUUUGUAGUUUUAGAUAUCAGCUGUUCAUCUGCCUUAGAUAAGUGUCUUUGCUAUGUAACGAAACAAUCCUUAACAUGGGAUGUUCCUAUGACUAUGGCUCGACACUUUAGUGGAAGAACAAAGCUCAGGCACUCUUAUCAGGGAUCUAGAGUUUGAGUCACUGAGCAAGUUGAUUUUGAGAUUCAUGCAUAAUGCAUGAACAUAUGAUUGAACAUAUGAUUGUGUACUACUAUGGCAGACAGUAGUACAACCCCACAGCUAGUGGAAGAGAAACAUGUAACAGCGAGCUAAAACUAAUGAAUGAUCAUUCUUUAACAAUAGCUCAACUCAAAAAACAGAAACAAAUUUUAAAAUACAAUCAAAUCCAUGAAUGUAGACCGAACAUUGUCUGUGUCCCUGAAGGUAAUUCUUUGAUUAUUUUUUAAAAUGAUGUGAUCCUCUUGGACUCUGCGGCCAAGUGAAUGUGAAACUGUGAAUGUUGCCACCACUGUUGCCAAAAGGCCCAUGGCCAUCGACUCUCACGUGGGGUCAGUGUUGACUUUUAAAUGUUGAAAAAGAGCUAUCUUACCAAAAAAAAACCAUGUCUGCACAAAGAAAAGUUACAGUGAUUUGAAACCGCAAUGGACCUCUCCAUCGCUGGCUGUAAUUGUGGGAACCUGAGUGCAAGAUCAGUAAAAACAGCCUUUGUUCUCCA